AUGGUUCGUCUCUUUGAUUUCAAGUCAAACAAGCACUUCGUUGCUUCCUCUGACAAAAGUACCCUCAAAGUCUACGAGUUGAGCAACCCAACCAUUUACCCUUCUUACAUCCGAAAGGCUCACUGGAAGGAAGUUGGCAACAUCAUUCCCCGUGAUCACUAUGAUAGUGAUGAAGGUGACAACUAUAGUAGUUCAGGAACGAAUGAGUCAUCCUACGACGGGAUGAUGUUCUUCGACGGUCAGGCAGAUAUCAAGGGAAGGGAGGUCCUGACCAAGCUGGCCCAGCACCUGGCUCGGCUGCGACUGAUGCAUGGCGGGCCUCACCACGUGGCCACGCUGCCUUUUGAAAUACACCAUGCCGAGUCGGGAGAAGCAGCUGCCACGACAGCGACGACAGGAGGGGUGAGCAAGGAGAAAUACGAGGAGUUAAAGAGAACGUUGAAAAAGAAGGAGGAGGACCUGGAGAAGCUUAGGGAGGAGAUGGAGGAACAGGACGAUGAGCUUCAGAAGCUGAAGGAGGAGAUGGAGGGGGCGAGCGAAAAGCACGAGGCGGAACUACGAGAGCUGGAGGAGAAGAAGGACGAGGAGCUGCGAAGGCUGGCGAAUAAAAGAAAGACGAACUCGAGACGCUGA